AUGAAGGAGUGGUGGGUGCAGGUGGGGCUGCUGAGCGUGCCCCUCCUCGCCGUCUACCUGCACAUCCCACCCCCCAAGCUCUCCCCGGCUCUCCUCUCCUGGAGGUCCUCCGGAGGCUACUUCACCUACAAGGACCAGAACAUCUUCUACAGAGAUUCGACCGGUGCCGUCGGCAGCUCCGACGUCGUCGUCCUCCUUCACGGCUUCCCGACCUCCAGCUACGACUGGUGCAAGAUAUGGGAAGGGCUGACCCAGCGGUUUCACCGGGUGAUCGCUCUGGAUUUCGUAGGAUUCGGUUUCAGUGACAAGCCUAGGCCCCACCGCUACUCCAUCUUUGAGCAAGCCAGUAUCGUCGAGGGGCUGGUGCGUCACCUCGGCCUCCGCCACCAAAGGAUUAAUCUCCUGUCGCACGAUUACGGGGAUACGGUCGCACAGGAGCUGCUCCACAGGUAUGAACACAAUAAAACUGGAAGCAUCUUGAUCAACAGCCUAUGUUUAUCCAACGGAGGGAUCUUCCCCGAAACGCACUACCCCCGGUUCAUCCAGCAGAUCCUCAAGGAUGGGGGUUUGCUGUCCCCUGUCAUCACGCGGCUGAUGAACUUCUUUUUCUUCUCCAGAGGGCUCGGGGCAGUUUUCGGGCCCUACACGCAGCCUUCGCAGGCGGAAUACUGGGACAUGUGGACGGUGGUGCGGACCAACGACGGGAAUCUCGUGGUGGACAG